ACGAAAGCUGAACCUCGCUGCUUUUAGACCCAUUUAUCGCCUCUACAUCAAGGAAAUGAAGGUGCAGUACUGUUGAAUGGAUAUUUCUUUUGGAAUUAUUUUUCCAUCGGAUUGUAUCUGGCUGUAAAUUGGGACACGUAGGCGGCGGCCGACAGUUUCUCGGCAGGAACUGGGUGGCAGACAUGUUGUCAGGGGAGGAGAUAUUAUGCAGCACACGGCAGGUGAUCGCAGGGUUAGAGGCUUUGCGUGGGGAGAACCGCACACUGCUGGACAGUCUGCAGGAAAAUCAGCAGAGCAAGACAUCCAACAAGAGCGACAGCCUGGAGCAGGAGAAGACCAGUAUCAUUUUAGAGUAUCUGGAGAGGAUUGAGCUGGGCUUAGGAGAGGCACAGGUGAUGAUGGCAUUGUCAGCACACCUGGGCUCCUUGGAGGCUGAGAAGCAGAAGUUACGUGCUCAGGUGCGGAGGCUGUGCCAGGAGAAUCAGUGGCUGAGGGACGAGCUUGCCCGAGCUCAGCAGCAGCUACAGGAGGGAGAACAGGAAGUUGUUACUUUAGAGGAGCAGAACAGACACCUGCAGUUCAUGAGCAGUAUUCGCAAGUACGACCAUGAAGAGCAGAAUCUAGAGGAUAAAGAUAGUACUUCAGGCAAGGAGUCUCUUGACAAUCUCUUUCCUAGUGGUGAAGAGGAGCAAUCUCACAUGUCUCAGCCACACAGUAGCGCCACUGCUGCCGCCCAGCAGGGAGGUUAUGAGAUCCCUGCUCGACUCAGAACUCUACACAACCUUGUGAUCCAGUAUGCCUCUCAGGGCCGCUAUGAGGUGGCCGUGCCUCUCUGCAAGCAAGCUCUGGAAGACCUGGAGAAAUCCUCAGGCCACAGCCACCCAGAUGUUGCGACCAUGCUCAACAUCCUGGCUUUAGUCUACAGGGAUCAGAACAAAUACAAGGAAGCUGCAAAUCUCCUGAAUGAUGCAUUGGCCAUCCGUGAAGAAACGCUAGGCAUGGACCACCCAGCAGUGGCAGCUACUCUGAAUAACCUGGCUGUGUUGUAUGGAAAAAGGGGGAAGUACAAAGAGGCAGAACCACUGUGUAAAAGAGCUCUAGAGAUCAGGGAAAAGGUGCUGGGGACAAAGCACCCCGAUGUGGCCAAGCAGCUGAAUAACUUGGCACUCCUCUGCCAGAACCAGGGCAAAUACCAGGAGGUGGAGCAGUACUAUGAGCGUGCCCUGCACAUUUAUCAGAGUCGACUAGGUCCUGAUGAUGCCAAUGUGGCCAAGACAAAGAACAAUCUGGCUUCAUGUUACCUCAAGCAAGGAAAAUUCAGACAAGCGGAGACUCUUUAUAAAGAGAUUCUAACUCGUGCUCAUGAGGAGGAGUUUGGCUCUGUAGAGGGGGAUGGACAGCCGGUUUGGAUACAUACAGAGGAGGGGAGCUCUAGACCGGAUGGUCUGGGAUCUCUGAAGCGCAGCGGAUCAUUUACUAAGCUCCGGGAAUCCAUAAGACGAAGCAGUGAAAAACUUGUCCGAAAGCUGAAAGGAGUUGGUACACAGGAAACAGCCCCUCGAACGGUUGGGAUGAAGAGAGCAAAUUCCCUCAAUGUGCUUAAUGUGGGUGCACAAGAAAGCCAAGGAGCUGCCACGAGGCCUAACAGGCUCACAGACACACGGGGUCUGAGUUCCAGCACCCAGAGUUUAGCCCGCUGCGGGUUUCUGAGUGGAGACAGCUAACCUCCACUACUGGCUCCAUAUGACAUCAGGAAUCUGGGCAAAGCAGAUCA